AUGGCGCUGGAAUGGGCGGGAUUGAUGAUUGUCGUGGCCGCGGAGUCGCUACUGCUGCUCUUCUUGACGUUCCCAUGGCCGGCGAAAUUCCGGAGUAGCAUCAUCGGCGUCUCGAGCAGCAUCCUCCGCCCUCUAUUGGCGGUUCUUCCCUUCGCAGGAUUCCUCCUCCUCGACGUCUACAUGAAGUAUGAGAAUAGGAUCCAGUGCCAGGCGGGGAGCUGCACGGCGAUGGAUCGCGAGCACUACGCCAAAUCGGUGAUGAAGAGCCAGCGCAAUGGCAUACUUGGGGUUUUCGCGAUUCUGCUCUACUGGUUCUCGUACCGCGUCACGCACAUCCUCGUGGAUCUGGAGAAGACCACCAAGCAGAUCAGUGUGAAGAGGGAUUGA